AUGAGAGGGCAUUGCGAGCUCUUCCUGGUAGCUACAAGGUGUGGGGCGCCGCAGUGCGAAAGCAGAGAUCUCAAUGUUCCGGCCAAUCUAUGGCAUGCGUACCUUUCGGCGCGGCAGCUGGCUGUCCGCGGCUUGCGACCGGACGAUGUGGCCUUCGAGGCCCUCAACAACACGUAUGAACGGGCCCUUGUCACUAUGCACAAAAUGCCACGGAUUUGGCUUCAGUACUUGCAGCUAUUAAUGGAGCAACGGCUUGUGACGCGAACUCGGCGGACAUUUGACCGGGCCCUUGCCUCGCUCCCCAUUACGCAGCAUGACCGCGUCUGGCAGUUGUACCUGGGACGCUGGGAGGAGGCUGCCCAGAAACUGGCGGAGCUGCUGAACGACGAUACGUUCCGGUCAUUGGAGGGCAAGAGCAAGCAUGCUCUAUGGCUAGAGCUAUGCGACAUCAUCACAAAGCACCCCAAGGACGUUUCGGGGAUGCGGGUGGACGCCAUCCUGCGCGGCGGCAUUCGCCGCUUCACGGACGAGGUGGGUCGGCUGUGGACGUCGCUGGCGGACUUUUACAUUCGGCGCAGCAUGUUCGAGAAGGCGCGGGACGUCUACGAAGAGGGCCUCUGCUCGGUGCUGACCGUCCACGACUUCUCCCUCAUCUACGACGCGUAUACACAGCCUUUGACUGAGCCCCUGGACCUGCAGUUUGAGGAGAGCCUCCUGUCAGCCAGCAUGGAGCAGCUGGCAGAAGAUGAUGAGGACGGCAUGGCUGUUGACGAUGACGACGGGGCGGACUUUCUGCUGAAGGAUGAUGGCAACGACGUAGACUUGCGCCUGGCUCGGUUGGAGCACCUCAUGAAUCGCCGCCCGGAGCUGCUGUCCUCCGUCAUCCUCCGGCAGAACCCUCACAACGUGGCGGAGUGGCACAAACGAGUGAAACUGUUCGAGGGGAAGCCAACGAAGCAGAUCCUCACGUACACGGAAGCGGUUCGCACCGUUGACCCGGACAAGGCGACUGGGAAGCCGCAUUCCCUGUGGUGCGCUUUCGCCAAAUUUUACGAGCGUCAUGGUGAUGUGCCCAACGCCAGAAUCAUCUUCCAGAAAGCGACUGAGGCGCGCUACAAGUACGUGGACGAUCUGGCGCAGGUGUGGUGCGAGUGGGUGGAAAUGGAGCUUCGGCACAGCAACUUUAAGCGUGCCCUGGACCUGGUCAAGCGGGUGCUCACGCCACCGCCGCGACCAGCUCGCAUGACGCAGGAGGAGGAACGUGCGCUACCUGUGCAGGACCGCGUUUACAGGAAUCUAAAGCUGCACCUGAUGCACACGGAUCUGGAGGAGAGCCUGGGGACACGCGAGUCCACAUGCGAGGCCUAUGACCGCAUCCUGGAGCUGCGCAUUGCCACGCCGCAGGUCAUCCUUAACUACGCGUUGUUUCUCACGGAGCAAAAGGCCUUUGAGGACGCCUUCAAGGUAUAUGAACGGGGCAUUGCAUUGUUCAAGUACCCACACGUCAAGGACAUCUGGUCAGCCUAUCUGGCGGCUUUCGUGGAUCGUUACGGCGGCAAGAAGCUAGAGCGUGCUCGGGACCUUUACGAGCAGGCCAUUAAGGACGCGCCGGCCCAGGACUGCAAGUCGCUUUACUUGGACUACGCCAAGCUGGAGGAGACACACGGCCUGGCCCGGCACGCCAUGGACAUCUACGCGCGGGCGCUGCAGGCGGUGCCCAAGGACCAGCGCAAGGCCAUUAUCGACAUCUACGUGCGUGAGAUUUACGAGUCGGCCAUUGAGGCCGAGCCGCCUAACGACCUUUCCGACGAUGACGUUCGCGAGCUUUGCAUGCGCUACGCCGCGCUGGAGACCAAGCUGGGUGAGAUCGAUCGCGCGCGUGCCAUCUACGUGCACGGCUCAGCCGUCAGCCACCCCGACCGCGCGGCCGACUACUGGGCGGCGUGGCGCGCAUUCGAGGUGCGGCAUGGCAACGAAGACACGUUCAAGGAAAUGAUGCGGAUACUCAGGUCCGUCAAGGUGAGCUUCAGCCAUAUGCAGAUCAACUCAAUUGUAGAUGCCGCGCGCAUCACAUCUCGAGCCGAGGCGGAGGCGGGUGUUGGGGCAGGCGCCAAGCGGGCCCGUGAGGGUGUCGACGCCAUGGCAGAGCUCGAGGCGGAAGCAGUGGCGGCGAUGGGACUGGGCGCAGCCGCAGGGGGCGCUGGGUCGUCGGGACGGACGGCCCUUUCGGGCUUCGUGUCUGCCGGGGUCAUCCAACAGGGUGGCGAAAAGGAUGGCACCGCUGCGGACGGAGCUCAGCCCCAACGCAAGGCGCCAGCUGCAGCCAACCCUGAGGAGAUCGACCUCGACGCGGACGACGACGAUGGUGGCGCUGCGGCUGAUAUGGACGUGGCGCAGAAGGCUGUACCGGCUGCCGUAUUCGGCGGCUUCUGCCUUAAUGUCUUUGCGGAGUGCAGAGUUGCAGAUGCCGUGGUAGUUGCAUUCGUGUUAGUUAUCCUGGCUCCGGAGCAACGGAAGCAACAGAUAAAACAGCAGCUCUGCAGGAAGUUUUCCGUGCUGUGCGCAAAUUCGGUGUACAGCUGA